AUCAAACCAACAAAAGAAGGAAAAGUAGCAGGCACCGCAUUGAUAGCUAAGAGCAGCGGCUCGACUGCUCCUCUCUGACUUCUCUCCUAUAGUUUAGCUCCUUCUCUGGUGAGCUGAAUAAGGAUGGCGGACGACAACAUGAAACUCUCCAAGAACCUUUUACGCAUGAAGUUCAUGCAGAGGGGUCUGGAUGAUGAGAUGAAAAAGCAGCUGGAGGAAGAUGAGAAGAGGAUCAUCAGUGAUGAGCAUUGGUACCUCGACCUGCCGGAGCUCAAAGCCAAAGAGAACUUCAUCAUCGAGGAGAAGAGUUUCGUUCCCUGUGAAGGACUAAAGUUUGGUCGGAUCUCCUUUAAAGGGUUUAAUCCAGAAGUGGAGAGACUGAUGCUGUUAAUGAAUCCACAAGUUGACGAGGAGGAGGAGGAGGAGGAAGAAGAAACAAGCCGGAUGCCAGCGGACGUCACAGACGAGGAGAUGGCUCGCAGGUACGAGAGUCUGGUGAGCAGCAUGAAGAAGAAGUUCAGUACGAAGUGACAGAGCUCAGGAAGACCACCCGACCAGGACCAAGAGGGUCAUGGUGGAGGACUGAUGGCGCUUUACAUUUAAAUUUUUACCCACAUAGCCGGGGGGUCAGCUGGAUGUUAUACAUCUUUUUUUUUUUUACGUGUAAUUAAACACGUGGCCCCACGUUUAUGCAUCCUGGGAAUUAUGGAAAUGUUUAUAUCUUAAUCUACAAUCUGAUAAAA